AUGAAUUGGAUCAAGGAGUGUAUCACCGCGCCAAAGUUCUCCAUCGGCAUAAACGAGGAGCUUGCUGGAUAUUUCAAAGGGCGAAGAUGUUUACGUCAAGGAGAUCCCAUCUCUCCAUAUCUAUUUAUUCUAUUGAUGGAAAUUUUCACAAGGAUGCUUGAUCGGGGAGCAAUUCAAGGCCGAUUCAGAACUCAUCCAAGAUGCAGCCAACCACUAAUCACCCACCUCACAUUUGCAGAUGAUGUCAUGAUUUUCUACACAGGUGAAGUUCAGUCAAUCCGAGAAGUGGUUACAAUUCUGGAAGAAUUCAGUAAGGGAUCAGGACUGGCCAUGAACACAAGCAACAUGAUAUUUGCAUUGUCGCGGUUCUUUCUCAAGCAAAUGGAUAUUCUAUGUUCGAACUUCUCAUGGAAAGGAAACCAACAACAACCUGGAGGCCAUAGAAUAUCGUGGGAUGUCAUCUGUAAGCCGAAGAAAGAGGGAGGACUUGGGCUACGAUAUGAUCAAGACAUCGAGUUUUUGGAGCUAAAACCAUCAAGUAGAUUCUCUUGGAUACUUAGGAAGCUGCUGAACUUGAAAGACAUAGCAAGCAAGGGACCCUUGAUUGAGCUAGUUAGAGCGGAAGGUCCAAGGUUGUUGCGUGUUCCAAGAAAAGCUUCAGUUGCUCAGGCAGCACCCACGGGUGCGUGA